GUCGCCGGCCCGCCGCCGGCCGCACUGACAUGUAGCCCCGCGCCCCGGGCUCGUCUCACAUUGUCUUCCAGCGGUUAUUCCGCCAUGCUAUAGUUAAGAAUUUAGCAUUAAGAAACCAAGUCUUCCAUUAGAUAAGUAAGUAGAUUAAGAUGCAACGGGGUCGGGGCACGCGUCGCGAACAAAACAAUAGGGUUGUAUUCGAGCGGCUGUGGCGCGGUACGUUCCAAGCGGUGGUGGCCGGGCCGCAGCGGCGAGCGCGCGCCUCCUCGCACGACCCCGCCGCGGACGCGUCCGUGGUGCCCUCCGGCGGUGUGAUGCCUCACACGCCCGCCGCCAGCGUCGCCGACUCGCUCGAGCCGGCGCUCAGAACCAUUAUCGAAGGCCUCAGAAAAUCGUGCUGCUGUCGAUGUAACUGUUCUGUCGCGGAACGAAAUUUUAACGACAAUUUGCAGGUCUGUCUCGCCAACGAUGACGAGAGGAAAUCUAUGCGUUCCGUGAUAAGGUGCGCACUACCUUUUAUCGAUUACUUUUCUAGCACGCUAGACAUGUAGGUCGGCGCAGUGCAGCCGCUCAGCCAAUAAAUGUUAAUUAAAUUUUUAGCUUACCUAUUCUUCUUUAAUUGAGCCAUAAAUAAUUUCACAACGGCCCCGAGCGUGCUACACUCCGCCGAUAAUGUUAUUUACAACGUCAAAGGCAUCUGAAUGAAUAAAACGAAUGAUUCUAAAAUAUUUUACUCUUUCCCCACUUCUAGCGCACGUAAGUGCCGUUCAGGUAAAUAUUUACGUUCCUCGGUAGGUCAACAUAUAAUAGAACAUUUGAAAUGCACAGGAACAGCUGCUAUAAAUCUUUAGAAAUCAUAAUACUAAAAAUCUAAAAGUAGAGCCAAGUGCUUAGAACGUUCACAAAUCUAAAAAUAAAUGUUUUGUAAGCUGUUUUUCUGAUAUAUUAUUUUAACUAGUAAAGCGAUUCCUUUGGUAUAAGUUGAAAACUAUAUUAUGUACAUGGCGGUCGUGUAUACCUAUUGAUCCAUUUAAG